AUGAGUAACCUGCGAGAUAGUGAAACCAGCAGCCAGAUCUCCCAAACACUAGAGGCUGAUGUUGAAAAAUGCCCGGGGCAGCUUCCGUCCAUGGGACAGGGCAAAGUCUUUCCUCCUGCCCUGCCGAAUCGGGAAGACUAUGUCGUCGAUUUCGAUGGCCCCGACGAUCCAGAACAUCCUUUCAAUUGGCCACUUCCUACCAAACUCCUCAUCUCGAUGAUAGCCUGCUUUGCCACGUUUAUCCCUUCAUUCGCCAGUGGAGUUUUUGCACCCGGCUCCGAAGAAGCAGCCAAGGCUUUCAAUGUAGGAUCUGAAGUUGGCAUUCUCGGUACAACCCUCUUCGUUCUAGGAUUCGCCUCCGGUCCUGUCCUUUGGGCCCCCGCUUCGGAGCUGUUUGGAAGACGAUGGCCAUUGACACUGGGCUUGCUCGGAGGAGCCGUGUUCACCAUUACAUCCGCCGUGUCCAAAGACAUCCAGACGCUCAUUAUUUGUCGCUUCUUUGCGGGGAUGUUUGGGGCCAGCCCACUCGCGGUGGUUCCUGCUGUGCUCUCGGACAUUUGGAACAAUUCGCACCGCGGGGCGGCUAUUUCCGUGUAUGCGCUCUUCGUGUUCGUGGGUCCGUUAAGUGCCCCCUUUAUUGGAGGCUUCAUCACUGCCAGCUCGCUCGGAUGGCGGUGGACCCUGUAUAUUCCGGCGUUUGUUGGCUUUGCUUGGGGUGCUAUCAGCGUGUUCUUCUUGAGAGAGACCUACGCGUCUUGCCUUCUCCUGUCGAAAGCAGUCACUCUACGGCGGCUAACUGGUAAUUGGGGUGUUCAUGCUAAACAGGAGGAGGUCGAGGUGGACAUACAGCAGCUGAUUCAGAAAUAUUUCACCCGUCCGCUGCGUAUGCUGGUAACUGAGCCUAUCAUUUUGGUUAUCUCCCUCUAUAUGUCCUUCAUCUAUGGGAUUGUGUAUGCGCUUCUUGAAGCGUACCCGUAUGUUUUUGAGUCCGUUUACGGCAUGAGCAUGGGGAUCGAUGGCCUUCCAUUUAUUGGCAUCAUUAUUGGGCAGCUGGCUGCUUGUGGGUUCAUUCUCUCGCAGCAGUCCGCCUAUGUGAAGAAAUUGGCUGCCAACAACAACGUUCCCAUACCAGAAUGGCGAUUGGAAACCGUUGUGAUUGGGGCUCCUGUGUUCACGGCCGGAAUCUUCUGGUUCAGCUGGACUGGCUUUACCGCCAGCAUUCACUGGAUGGCUCCCACUGCGGCAGGUGUACUGAUCGGAUUCGGGAUUCUCUGUAUUUUCCUACCAUGCUUCAACUACUUAGUCGAUUCUUUUCUUCCCGUGGCUGCCUCGACCGUGGCUGCCAACAUCAUCCUCCGAUCUAGCGUUGCGGCUGGCUUCCCACUUUUCUCGAAGCAGAUGUUCGCGAAUCUGGGGGUGCAGUGGGCGGGAACACUGCUGGGAUGUCUGUCGGCGAUCAUGAUCCCUAUUCCAUUCCUAUUCCGAGCAUAUGGACCCAGGUUGAGAGGGGAAGGCAGGCAAAAUAGCCGGUGA